CGGGCGCUGCGCAGGGGAUGGUGCUGCGGGGCGGCGGCGGCGGAGGUGCCCGGCGCCUUCUGCUGCUGGCGCUGUGGCCGCCGCCGACGUCGCCCAGCGUGCUGCGCCUCUGGCUGCUGCUGCUGGGGCUGCUGCUGCUGGCGGCGCUCGGGCAUGCGUGGACCUACCGCGAGGAGCCCGAGGAGAGCGACAGGGAGGUCUGCUCCGAGAGCAAAGUGGCCACCACCAAGUACCCGUGCCUGAAGCCCAGCGGGGAGCUCGCCACCUGCUUCAGGAAAAAGUGCUGUAAGGGUUAUAAGUUUGUUCUUGGACAAUGCAUUCCUGAAGAUUAUGAUGUCUGCGCAGAAGCUCCUUGUGAACAACAGUGCACAGACAACUUUGGACGAGUCUUAUGCACAUGCUACCCUGGUUAUCGGUAUGACCGCGAAAGGCACAAGAACAGAGAGAAACCCUAUUGCUUAGAUAUCGAUGAGUGUGCCACAAGCAGCGACCCUCUCUGCCCCCACAUCUGUGUCAAUACCCUUGGCAGCUAUCGGUGUGAAUGUAAUGAGGGGUACAUACGUGAAGAUGAUGGGAAAACAUGCACCAAAGGAGAGAAAGGGUUUUCUGAGAAGGCUGAUAACGUGGUGAAACCAGGAGCCUGCUGUGCCUCUUGCAAAGAGUUCUAUCAGAUCAAGCAGACAGUGUUGCAACUGAAACAAAAGGUUGCUUUGUUGCCAAAUAAUGCUGCUGACCUUAGCAAACCGAUCACAGGAGAAAAAGUACUUGCAUCCAAUACAUUAAUACCAGGUCCUCCUGGACAGCCAGGUGAUCAGGGUCCUCCAGGUGCCACAGGUCCUCAAGGGAGCCCUGGAUUUCCUGGAUCUCCUGGCCCUCCAGGUCUGCCAGGCCCUAGAGGAGCAAUGGGGCCUAUGGGACCCUCUCCAGACCUGUCCCAUAUUAAACAGGGCAGAAGGGGCCCCGUGGGUCCUCCGGGAGCACCAGGAAGAGAUGGAGCAAAGGGUGACAGAGGGGCACCAGGAGAAAAAGGAGCACCGGGGCCACCGGGUUCUUUUGACUUCCUGUUGCUAAUGAUGGCCGACAUCAGAAAUGACAUCGCUGAGCUGCAAGAGCGGGUGUUUGGCCACAGGACUCAUUCAUCGACUGAAGAGUUUCCAUUACCUCAGGAAUUUACAAACUAUCAGGACAUAGUGGAUCUGGGAUCCGGAGAAGAUUACAAACAAAGGACUGCGUCGAAAGACUCCCGAACAUACGGAGAAGGCAAUCAUUAAAUCGAGCUUGUGACCUGGAAAGAGUAAAACUUUGCAGGGCAGUGGUCCACAAGUCAUUUAAGCCAGCGUACUUGCACAUAUUCCAGUUUAGCCCCAUGGAAAUGGGCCCAUGUACACGAUUCACUGAAAUUACCGUCUUCCCUUACUAUAGCACUGCAGGCAGGACCAAAUUAAGAGCCAGCUAGGUGAUCAGCACUCAGUGAGAAUUAUCCAUUGUUGGAAUGGGCAGAUGGAGAACUGCAUAUGAAAAACCAAGACCUAGAUUGUAGGUGGAAGACAUAUGUGUUAGAAAGGAACAAUCCUUUCUACACGUUUCCUUGACAUGCUGUCUUUUGUCUGCAUGGAGUUGUUUGCUACAGCUCAGCGGUUUAUGAUGACUAUAUAUUACCUUCCAUAUCAGAGGAAGUGUGCUUCAGAAUAGCUAUUGUUGCAGAACACAAGUGGAACAGUACCAUAACAUUCAUGCCCGGCUUGUGGGCAUCCCAGACGUAUCUGGUCAGCCACUAUUUGGAAUGGAAUGCUGUCCUAAAUAGACCUUUGCUCUGAUCCAGCUGCUCUCUUACAUUGUAACAACAGAUGCAUCCCAUGAGUCUGCUCAUAGUGUAACUCGACUCUCGAGAGCAAGGGGCAUCAGGAAUUUGGCUCUCACCCAGGAUUCCCAUAUCAUACUCUGCUCACAUCUAGAGGAAGGAUUGUGCAAAUAUAGCUAUGAACAUCCACCUGCACUGCCUUCCUCCUGUUCCUUUUUUCUUUUGCAGGCUGGACAGGAUACUGGUUGACCAUGUGUAUAUAUCUUCCAUUUUUCUACAUCUCAGAAAACAUUUCAUUCUCCUUUGUCUUCCAGUAGGGGAGCAGCUGCUGUAUCUGUGACUUUAAAUUGUAGGCAGUUUUAAAGGAGCUCAGUUGAAGGAGCAAGUUGGAUGUACUCUACCUGUUGAGACACUCCCAAAUAAUUAUGCCGUGCUGUUGGCCUCCAUUUCCUUGCCACCCAACUCCCUGAUGCUGCUGGUGGGAGUUGAAGGUGAGGACAUGUACAACGUGGAGUUGUAAAUAAUUGUUUGCCUUCUCACCUUCACCAUGACACUCCCUUCCUCUCGUUGCACCAAGGAUACAGGGUGUGCAAGGCAAGGAAUGGGACUUUCUGCAUUCACGCAAUGGCCUAACAUUAGCAUAAAGGAAGAAAUUUUACAUCUGCAACAAUCAGUGCUCAAAAGGCAAGGGUCUUCAAGUGCACCAAGGUAAUUUUCUACAGCCGAGUGACCUGUAAGCUACCUUAGGUACUAGUUCUGUGGCUUAAAUGAUUUGUAGACUGCACUGUUAAAAAGAGUUGUACAAUAUUUUAAAAAUGCACUGAUAAUGUAUAAAGUUUUAUAUGUUUUAUUGUCCAAAGUUUCUCGAUUCCCUUUUCUUACAGAGAUGUUUACUGGUAGUAACACAAUCCAGCUGUAUUAUUUGUUAGCCCAAGAACUAGCCCCAGAACUGUCUAAACAUGGACACGAUAAUAGAUUCUGCUUUGGAGCAAAAAGUAAAAAAUAAAAAUCCUAACGCAUUGGUAAUUCCAAGUGCAGUGGCAUAAUUUGCAGUCAGAGGUAGCUACAAAUGCGUGACGUUUCCUUUUUCUUAGCAAAACAGUGAAGUUUGGGAAAGUGGCCAAGUGUCAAUGUUAUUAGCCAGUUCAUAAAUUGUACUUUCCAGCCACGAGGCAAUGACCUUGAAUGAUCCCCAUUUUAGGUGCAAUAUAAAAUUGCCUGUAAUCAGACUUCUAAUCCAUGUAUCUUUGGUAAAAUACAAACAGUCAUGUAGUCAGUUCUCGUUCCAUAUUCCCCUGGCUGCAACUUGUACGCAAUGCCAAUUUAGUGCUGACGGGGGAAGAGAUUAUGGCUGGUCCAUGGUCGAAAAAGAAUAUACUGAAUAUAUCCCCUAUAAGUCCUGAUUUGAGGGCUGCAACGCUCAAGGGCUUUCACAUCACUAGUGGUACUUCAGAAAAUCUCAUGAAUCUAGUUCAGUUCUCUGGAUGGCUUUUUUUCUUAAAAGCAUGUGCAAUGGGCCAAUUGGAUUGGCUCCUUGGGUUUUUAGUAAGGGGUGGUGUAGAAUUAAGGCAUGAAAGCAGAAUAGCAAGAAGAGGCAGUGUGGGCAUGAUCCAGCAGACCUUAAGUCCCAUUGCUUUCAGUGGGAGUGAGCCAAGUACAGGCUUUGACUGACUCACACCCAUUCUUAUUUUACGAAAAGAAAAUAUAAUCAAACCAUUCACAACGUUUAGUGUAAUGAGUAUAUUCUGUGUUGUCAAAAGAUGGUUUAGUUUUGCUUUUUGCUUUUUAAAGGCUUAAUGUGUCUACAGGAAAAAAUACUAGUUCCCUAGAACGUGUUUUUAAAUGGCCGCAAUUCCAAAGAUUCUAUGUAUUGCUGAUUAAGCAUCAUUAUUAAAAGUAGUUCCAUUGAUUUCAGUAGAAAGGCGGCUUGAUCCUGUCCAUGUCUACAUAGUAGCAAGAGCCACUGAGUUCAAGGGGACUUGCUCUUAGCUAAAAGUGCAUAGGAUCUGCACAUAUGACAGCUUAGCCCCUUGGUGUGUAUGCUUCUGCAGUAGUUAGCAGUAACCAAAAAUUAGCUGAGAUGCAGGCAUUGAAAAGUUUUUGCUAAAGAUUUCCCAACUGGCAUGAACAAACACACAGAAGAAAGGAAGAAAUAAUAUUCUAUAACCUUUGAGUAAUCCUUCGAGAUCUCAAUGCAAUCCCUGUCCGAGACUGUCUGUCACUGUGCAGACAGUUCACCAGGAAUUUUCCCCAUGCAUGCCUCACAGUAAUGAGUGGAUCUGGGGCAAACUCAUUCUCAGUAGAUUUGUGGCCAAUCUCUCUUUGAGAUCAUAUUUCACAGUAAACGAGCGGAAGCAACUGGAGGUUAACAACGUGACCCAUAAUUUUAUUACUUUCCUCCCUUUUUUGUAAUAAUAAAAGACACAGAGCUUUGUCCCUUUGUACACAUUUAGAGAGCUAUGCAACACACAAUUAUUUAUGAUGAUUAUAUGAAGUACUAGAGAGUAUAAAAAGUGACUGUGAUUAUGCAAUGUAUUUGCAAUUAAAGAAGGAUAUUUUUUCUUA